GACUCGGACAGAAGCCAGGUUAACCCUCAUCAAGUCAAGUAAAGUAAAAUAUGCGUGUUCUUCGUCAGAUACCUCGGGUAGAACUAUGCAGGCCGCUCCUUUGGAGAAAAUAGACGCCUCAGCUUGCUGGCAUGAAAUAUCUCUCUUCAAGCCAGGGUCCAAAAGUGACUGAUCAUCAAGUAGAUAGCCCAACGGAUGCAAACGUUGAUCUCGUCCAACUCUUUCUCAAAAAAUCUUCAGAAAGCAGGCGUACACUUCACCCUGCUUAGCGGGCCGUUCUUGGUGACCAAAUUCAUGGCCACCUCUCGAGUCCUUGAGACGUCUUAUUGUACAAGAUCGACCGUAACCACGAAGGUGAUCGCAUCGCUUUUGAGCCCCAUUUUACGCCAGAAUCCACCAACAUCGCAAGAGAACAGAGGGGGUAUCGAAAAGCUCCAGGGAAGGACGGUAUUUGGGGGUAUGUCGUUCGUGGAAUUGCCAGGUCACCGCCUGGAAAUGGUUGGAAGUUGGGAAAGCUGUAAGUCAGUGGGAACAACAAUUUUGGAAACCUACCUCGAGGGCUAUGUGGUCGCGCCGAUCGCGAUGCCCUACUUGCCGGGUAUAUCAUCCACGUCUUCGAAAUGUCGGUGGCCAUGGAAUCGGGCUGUUUUGUGGUCUAGUCAUCGGACUGGUCUACGUCGGGAAGCGGAAGCCCAGUGGACCUAGAUCCGAUCGCGUCGAGUGACACACCAAAAGGGGUUAGUUGGGAUGUUACCCA